AUGCCCAUGAAAACGUGGAGACUGAGCACCGAGGUGGGUCUGAGUUGCUUCUCGUGCGAGCUCACACCCUCGUGUGCCGUGCCUGGGUGCGGCAGGUGGGCACCCCUUCCCUCUUGGCAGCAGCCUCGGCGGCGUGUAGCAGGGGGUGGGGGUGCCUCUGUUGGCUGCGCGCGCGCGCACGCCAGGCUCAGCACGCGCCCGUGCGCGCGCCCCGCGCCUCCAGCCCAGCGCUCGGAGCGGCUUUGGCUGCCACUGUCUGCUCCCCCGGGCCGCCGCCUGCUCCAGGCUGGGGCUUCUGUCCGCUGGGCCGCUCGCCCCGAGGCAGGAAGACGAGUUCGAGGAGGAUGCCUGGGCCCCGCAGCCGCCGGGUCUUCCCCAGCUGGACCGACUCAGAGCUCAGCAGCCGCGAGCCCCUGGAGCAUGGAGCUUGGCGCCUGCCUGUCUCCAUCCCCUUGUUCGGGAGGACUACAGCCGUAUAGAGGGGCGCCCGGCGUCCCGGGCCCCACGGGCGAACUCCUAGCCUGACUGCGGGGCUUUUUAAAUGCUUCCCUUGGACUGCAGGGAGGGGUGGGGGGAGGGUGGGAUUUCUUACCCCGUUUGUUACAUUUUGAGGAUAAUAAAGGUGUGUGAUCUGCUUUGGUACAAGCGGAGGGGAACACCAGCUGCUUUAAGCCCAAGGCGCAGGCAGGGAAGGAGCCCGAGUGCUGGCCUGGCUGGGGGUGUGCGUGUGUAAAGAAACGAGAAGGUUGCUUUUCAGGGGAGGGAUGUUCAUUCUCCAUCUAGCCUGUUUUUGAUAUCACAGGGUAACAGGUGCGCCCCUGUAGCUGCGAAGGUGACAGGAGUUGGGAAGCGGGUCGUGAGGACCGGCGCCCACGCCAGAUCAACCCCUGGAGGCCCAGAGCAGCAGGCCCGAAGGGAUCUGGAUUUCUUUAUUAACAGACAUGAGCACGACCCAUUACAUAAGUUUGUGCUUAAAAAAAAAAAAAAAAGGUGGAAAAGUUAAUGUGAAAAAGAACCCAAGCAGAGAGGAGGGAAUUGGGGAGGGGCCACCCAAACCCCGGGUCCCAUCUAUAAGCCAACCCUGACUU